AUGUCUCAGCUUAGCACGUCUACAUGCCCCAUUUGCGAAGGUGUUGUUGUUGUUGCAUUGUUUAACGUCCGGCGCCCGCCGGGUGAGAACGGCCGCCGGACGUUAAACAAUGCAACAACAACAAUACCUUCGCAAAUCCGCAAUGGCCGACAAUCCAGCCUGAGACCUGAGCUUAUACCCGGAGGGGGUCCGCCGGGAGUAUCCCCCAUGUCUUUCGAUUCAAGCCCCAACGACUUGCAUGCGCUGGAUACGGACGACCAGUUCAACAUCACAGUUGAGCUAGAUACAGUCGUGCGUCAGCAGGGCCCGGACGCAGAGAUCGUUACCUCAGUUCCUCAGACCACCGCAUAUGAUUCUGCCACGCUAUACAUGCUGAUAGGCCUGUAUUUACAUGCAAUGGGAGCCAAGCCUGGCUGA